AUGAAUGCCCAUCACGACAUGCUCCGACAGCAGGGUCCCAUCCCCCAUCUCCCGCAGGGUAUGAUUAACAUGAACCCUCAGCAUUUAUUUCCCCAGCAGCCACAGCAACAACAAGGUCAGCAGCCGCAGGGCCAGCCCUCUCACAUGGCCUUGCUUCAAAACAAUCCUAAUCCAUCCAUGGCUUUCAAUGGCCAACCCACCAACAUGAACAAUGCCGAAUCGUCGUAUCAACUCCAGCUUCAGGCGGCAAACAUGCAACGUCGCCAGCAGGUCAUGAUGCAACAGCAGGCGCACAAUGCUCAGUCUUUGAGUCAGAGGCCUGGUGGCCCGUCCAAUGUCAAUGGGAUGGGCCACCAACUCGGCAUGGGCUUCCCGAACGGCAUGAUGCCCGGGCAGCAGGUCCCCCGCGUCGUGUCUCAGCCACCGGGGAUGAAUCAGGUCGGGGGCCAUCUAGCCGGCAUGCCACAGGCGGUGAACGGGAUCAAUGGUAUGGGCAUGAAUCCGCAGGCGAAUAUGUCUGCCCAGCUACGCCAGGCUGUUCAGCAGCAGCAGCAGCAGCAGCAACAACAGCAACAGCAACUGAAUAUGCGCUUGCAGCAGCAGCAGCAGCAACAGCAACAACAACAGAUGCAGGGGAACAUGUCGCCCGAGAUGUCGAUGCCGCGCCCACCGCGUAUGCCUGUUAACCCUCCGAUGACCCCACAUGUAUCGCGGACGGCCUCUGGACAGGCACAGCUGAUGAACAACCUCACGCAGCCGCCCUCUCUACCUCAGUCGCAUCCGGGCGGGAUGCAGCAGAUGCAUCAGAAUGCGUUUCCGAAUCCCAUGAACAUGCAGCAUCAGCACCAGCAGCAACCGAUGGCGUCCUCGCCGCGCACUGGAGCCCAUUCGCAGCCACAUACACCUGCGAAUCUGCCUGCUCCGAACGUUGUGCCCCCUCAGGCGUCAUCUAGCCGCCCACAGGUCUCGCCGGAGAACCCCAUGUAUAUGAGCUUCUCCAUGUCCAACCCGCAGAUGCCACAGAACAUCGCCCACAACGCGCGAAUACCUCAGAACGGUGCUCCGUUUUCUUUCCGUGCGUCGUCGACGCCACCCGGCCAGGACCUCCCUCAGUCGGUCGGCGGACAAUUAAAUCCGUCAGGAUUAGGCGCCCAGCAAAGCUUGAUGUCGACGCCCGCACAGCUCCGCGAGCACCUGAACCAUGGAAGCGAGAGCUACGCUGGGCCAUUCAGCAUGCCUCCGUCCCAGCCGGCCGCUCCUCCCCGACCGCCAUCACACAACGCGUCACACGGCGCAAUUCCAAUUCCGCCACAACAACAGCCACCGCUCCAGCUCCACCAGUCCCCACACCAGCCUGAUCACUUCAAUCCUCACCACCAGAUGCAGCGGCCACAGUCACAACAAGGGCAACAGCGGCGAUCUCCACAGCAGGCGGGUCCGUCGUCGCGUACACCGCGCGUGCCACAGACACCGUUGCCAAUGCCAAUGAAUCCCGGUAUGAUGCCAGCGCCGGCCAGGAUCACGCCGAUGGGUGCACAGCAUCACCCCGGCGCACCACAGCAGCCUCCGCAGGCUCCUGCGCCGCCGCAGCCUGGUCCGAUGCACAUCGCGCCUAGACCGCCUGCAGCGCCGCCACCGGCGGCCGCACCAUCGACCUCCAUCGCACCACCGUCUACCUCGCCACCGCAGCCAGAGGUCCCAGCGCCUGCACCGGCGCCACCGGUUCCUGGAGUUGCUUCGUCCCGAAAUAAUCCUCAUUCGCUCUUUGUCGGUCUGGGUCAAGGGAUCAGCAGGCUGUUGCAACUCAGUGGUACACUUUCGGCCGACUCGAAGGAUAAGCUGCAACUGUCUCAUUGGGAGAAACUCGUGAAGGACUAUUUCACGAACAAAGCGACUUUGAAGUUCACGUUGUGGAAGGACAACCAGCGGAACGAGGCGAAGCCUUUUGAGAUCGGGGUGUCAGUCCUUCCGCGGUUUUUUCUCGUGACGAGCCAGUCCGGCGUGAAGUCGAUGUCGUUCAACCUCGACGGCGCGCGGGAGCGGCUGAUGCCCCACCAGACGCACGGGCAUGGGAUCGUGGAGUGCGUGACUGCACAGUGGACGUACAAGUACACGAAUGGGUAUACGGUCACGCUUCGAGGCCCGCUCACCGCGCACAUUCUCGUCAUCCCCAACGCGCAGGGGCAGGGCUCGUAUACGCUCAAGAUCGACAGCCUGCAGUUCGACGCGACCCACCAUGACAAGUUACUCUCGCUCGAUGCGAUCCUGGGCGGGCGCGAUGGCCAGUCACCGACGCCCAUCAACACGGGCCCGAAGCAGGAUGACGAGCGACGCUACGAUGAGAUGAAGUUUAUCGUCGAGCGCGUGUACAUUCCUGCGGAGCCAGUCAACGCGUUCGGGAUCCCGCAGGCGACCAUGCGCUGUCUGGAGCUUGCGGAAAGCGUCGCGCAGAUGUCGGAUCUGAUUGAGUUCUCGGACAAGCAAAAGCUGGGACCCAUGGCUGCACUGGCCAAAUUUGCGCAUAUACUUCGAGAAGAGAAAGCGCGGGAGGGCCUACCGCCUGGCAUGCCGCCGCCACUACGGAACAACCACCAUGGUGGACCUGCGCCCAGCAAUCCUGCAAUAUUCAACGGCAAUGGCUACAAUCAUGGCAACCAUGGCCACAACCAUGGCCUCAAUGCGAACGGCGUCGUUGCGACCCCUCCAGUCGGGCUGUACCCUAACCCGCCGAGCACCUUGACGAUGCAGCCUCAAGGGCCACCGUCUACCACCCCUCAAAAUCAGCCGCCGCCUGCCGACUCCGCGUCGGCGCAGAGCAAGGCCGCUCCACCACCACCGUCUUCUCAAGCAUCUACAUCCACGCCCGCGUCGGCGUCGACGCCAGCCGCGGCAGCGACACCCGGUGGGCCGAGCACGACGCCAUCGAUGGCGCCCGCGACGCUCAAGCGGAAGGCGCCACAGCGGACUGACGCGGCCUCGCCGUCGAAUAGUGCCGAGCAGGCGCCACCCGCGAAGCGGGUGACACGAAAGCGGGGGCGGACUCAGGGUGGAUAG